AUGCCAUCCAACUCUUCCCCCAUGCAAGAUGCUAUCCCUUUCGAUCGCAGGCUAGCUGAGGCUCGCCGUAUCCUUCAGAAGUAUCCAGACAGAGUACCAGUGAUCGUGGAAAGGGCAGAACGUUCAGACCUCCCUGAGAUCGAGAAAAAGAAAUUUCUCGUCCCGGGGACUAUGCUGUGUGGAGAGUUCAAGUAUAUAGUGCACAAGCAUAUCACGCAAGCUGCGGAGAGUAACGCUUCGGAAGGUCAUCGAGGUGUCCAAGGGAUCUCAGCGGAACAGACAAUCUACCUUUUUGUGAAGAAGAAGACACCACGAACGGGUUCAAUGAUGUCGGAGCUUUAUGAUGCUCAUAAGGACGAGGACGGCUUUCUUUAUUUGACAUACUCUGCUGAGAACACAUUGGGAGGCGGGGUUGAAUGA